AUCGGAGCUUACCAAUAACAGAGGCAGUGUCAUUUGCUUUACUGAUCUCUCGUUCGUUUUCCUUCCUGGUAUGGAGGAUGAUGGAACUUUCAGUACUCAAUCAGUUUAUCAUCUCUACUCACAUGGGUCUCUUCUCUUAUCCCCAUAAGACCUACCAAUUAACAGCAGCUCCGGUUUCAUAUUUUAGAACUGGUUCACCGUUCCAGCGGUUGGUAUCAUUUCCAAAUCCCUCAAGAGAACAACCUAACAGGAGUUCUGCGAGAUGGGGCAUCAAAACCACCGUAGCUUGUUUUGGGGAAAAGAUGGCUGAUGGUUAUUCUCCAACAAAAGAACUCCGACGGAUUCUUGAGUCUCCAGGGAUUCAUCAGGGCCCAGCUUGUUUCGAUGCUCUCAGCGCGAAGCUGGUGGAAAGAGCAGGAUUUGAGUUCUGUUUUACAAGUGGAUUUUCGGUCUCUGCUGCUAGGUUGGGAUUACCAGACGUGGGCCUUAUUUCCUACGGAGAAAUGGUUGAUCAGGGGCAUCAGAUCACACAAGCUGUGUCUAUCCCUGUAAUUGGAGAUGGAGAUAAUGGAUACGGGAAUGCAAUGAAUGUCAAGAGAACUGUCAAAGGAUUCAUAAAGGCUGGCUUUUCAGGGAUUAUUCUCGAAGAUCAGGUUCAUAUUCUGUGUUUACCAGUGGUUCGUUUCAUAUGGAUUAUGGGAUUGUUUAGUAGUUUUGGACUCCACUACAGUGCCAAUAUGCUUGAAGGAGGUGGAAAAACACCAAUACUAAAUCCUGUUGAACUUGAGGAGAUGGGGUUUAAAAUCGUGAGCUACCCGUUGUCCUUGAUUGGGGUUUCUAUUCGAGCCAUGCAGGAUGCACUUAUAGCCAUUAAAGGUGGUCGCAUUCCUCCUCCUGGAAACUUGCCAUCUUUUGAAGAAAUUAAGGAAAUUCUAGGUUUUAAUGCUUACUCUGAAGAAGAAGAGCAUUAUGUUACCAACAUUAAUAAUCUUUCUCUGCAGAGAGGUUCUUUACUAUCAAGCAGCAAUACAUGCAAUAUACAGCAGAGCACACCAGAUGUUAUUGGAGAAAGUGGUCAAAGUCGGCAGGAUCCUGUCAUUGAAGUGAUAACUCCUGAUGUGUACAAUAACUAUGGUGCAGAUGGUCCAAGGGGUCCAUUCUCUGGGAUUUGGUCCCGCACAUUAAGAGUGAAGAUCACCGGAAGGGAUGGAUUUGAGAAACUUGAUAUCAGGAUUCCUGCUGGGUUCUUGGAUGGAAUCACCAAUAUUGUUCCAGCUUUGGGCGGUGUAAAUAUCAAGGCGUUAUUAGAUGAUGCAGUUGGAGAAACCGGAGGAAAGUUGUUGGAUUUUAAUGACUCAGUAGGUGACAGGAUUCAAGUUUUUCUGGAAUGAAUCAUUACAUUAAUCUAUUGUGAACUUUAGCUUAGCAUGAAACAGGUAAGAUCUCUAGGUUGCACAACUGUGUUAACUGAUAACUGAAUAUAUACUUUGGAACCAAUAAAAUGAGGUAGCUGUUAAGUAACAAUAGUCCAUUUUAGUUCUGAAA